GUGACUUCUACUUCUCGUCUCGGCUAUCCCCACCAACAAAGGACAUCAGUAUCAUUCUCCUAGAACAACUUGGUCAAUGUUUUUCACUUGACAAAGGGAUCUUUCAACUAUCAACUAUGGAUACCGAUCCUGGGCCGUUCGAAGAAAGUGACUGCGAUUGUAGUGCUGCCAACACGGAUUACCGAUCCUUCAGCAUGGCUGUUGCUUCUGGUACAUUAACUACGGGAGAUAUUAUUAUUCGUCAACCCCAUUCAUUUCUUCUCCCGGAUCUUACUUUCGUGGCUUCUCAGGUCCAAACACGAAUUUCAGCGGAAGAUAGUGGUAAAGAUAGCAGUGGACUCGAAAUCGAGGGCGGCGGCAGAAAUCCCGGGAGGGUGGAAAUUGAGGGCGACCAUAAUGGGGUCAGCGGUUUUGAGAAGCACAGUGGAGUAGCAAGGAUCGCUACGGAAAUCUCUACAAUGAGAACGGUUACAAACUACACACCUGGUGCAAGAGCCGAGGCCGAGAAGGGAGAUGAGGGAGAGAGUGAGCUUGAGAAUAGGGGUGCAACCGAAAUGAGAGUAAUGGAAGAUACGAAGAGGAUUGCAGCCACGUGGAACAAGACACCCACGAUAAGACCAGCAAUAACAACGACAAUAAAGACUUCGACUGUGAAGCUAAAUUACGCAAAUCUCUCAACACCAAAAUAUAGCAAUAAGUCCUGGUCUUCAGAGGAUUCCAACAUAGGAGGAGUCAUGCUGAACUCGCUAAAGCCCCGUGGUCGCCAAGCGAGCUCGCUUGUCUCCACAGCCCCUAUCCGACACGAAAUCGUCACCGGCUCGGAGUGGAGAGUACUUAGAGACCAGAGCAUCUCUCCCACCAACGAUGGAGAUAUGCAAGAUUUGCCCAGUGCCACACCUCCUACCAACCAUAGAGUAAAACAAGACUCAUCUAAUGCAGUCGGUCAUACCAAUCAUCGAGUUAUAUAUUACUCACCCGCUGUCGUCACUCCUAGUAAUAGCCGAGCUAUACAAGACUCACCCGGUGCCGGCACUCCUAGCAAUAGCCGAGCUAUACAAGACUCACCCGGCGCUGUCUGCCCUUCUAAUAGUCGAGUUAUACACAACUCACUUAGUGUAGUUGCUCCUACCAACAAUGAAGUUAUACAAGACUCACCUGGCUCUGUCUCCCCGGCCCCUUUGCACUUCCACCGCAAGUCCCGCCAUGCACAGCAUGACAAUCACCAAUCAGUGACUCCUGGACCUUCCACCUGUACCAAGACCCGCAAAUACAAGCUCUUGCACACCCCUGAUACACCUCUUACACGCCGCCAGAAAGCAGAGCCCGAUAUCGAAGCCCUCACCGACAACCUCCAAAACCUGACACUUCGUCGCCCGACCCCUUGGGUCUACUCUCCCGCAGCAGUUCGAAAGGCACUCAGCCAAUGGAAAUACGAUGAGCAAUGGAUGGAGAAUGCAGAAAGACUCGAGGCAAAGAAUCGAUUCCGAGGCAUCGACCUGAAUUAUGGAUGGAACAGAGCGGCAGCAAAUCUUAUUAAUUCCACGAAAGAUGCCGCUUGGGUUGCACCCUACUUUGAGGGGGGACCGGAGAUGAGGAUGAAGAUCACAGAGGCGUUGAGUAGGUUCAGUUUGUGGUCGCAGCUGGAGCCUAUUGAGUGGGAUGCGGAGGAGUUGAAGGGGAUGUUUGACAUGGUUUUUGUUGGGGAGGGAUUAGGUAAUUCUGGGUGGGCAAGAAAGCCGGGCAGUUGGUGGGGAACGAGGAAGAAGCUAUUUGAUGGACAUAGGGGCAGAACCUUUCUUGAGGAGCUUGAUCUAUGGGUGAAGGAGAUUGAGGAUGGGCGGGAGAAGUGGAAGCAAAAGAACAAGGGGAAAUUGUUUGCGCUUGGAAGCCUGAAGCGAAAGACGAGCAGUGCAAAGGCGCAGGUCGAUGUUGAGGGUGACGGACGGAGAAAGAGAAUCAAGAUGCCAAAGACAAAGGCAGAGCAGGUGAUGAGCGAAGAGUGGCGUGCAAGGAGGAGAGUACAGGAGAAGAAUGCAGGCAGGUGGACGGAUGGGACAUUGAGAAUGGACCGGAUGUGGGCAGCGUUCCAUUGGGUGUUGAAUACGGACGAUCCGAAUCACUACCUUGACCGGCUAUGGCCAAAGGAAAUUUUUACACGCUCUUAGUAUUAGACUUGGGCGGGCUGGGAAAAUGGCGAUGAGUUCAGCAGAUGGAGUGGGCCUGAUUUUAGCCUGAUCUUAACAAAAUAUCAUUAAUCCAAAC